CCGAAACCAUGCAAAAAGACAAUUGUAGCAAGCCAAAAAUGACCUCUGAGAAUUAAAAAUUGCUAGCAAAUUCUGCAAAAUGUUGAACUCGCAGAGUAUUUCUACUAUGAUCCCAACUAUGGCAGUUCCUCGCAUCUUCCUCAAAAUCCCAUCACACACUCAGCACUCAUCGAAAACUCCGAACCCAGUUGCCCAAAACCCUAUUAGAGCCAACUCCACCAAAUGGGUUCCAUUGGGUUUUCUCUAAACUCACCACCAAACCAUGCUCUGCUCCACUGCUCUGCUCUCAAUCCCCUUUAUAAUUCAAAUAAAUCAAGACCCAUUUCAGGAUUGAGUAUAAAGAUGGUGUUGGCGACUCCAACGAGCUUGGGGUUCAAGAAUUUGAUGGAAACCAUCACAGUCAAUGUGCAGAGAGCAGAGAAUAGGCCACUGAACGUGCCCUUGAUUGCCCCUUUCACGAUUGCGACGUCUAGAUUGGAGAAGGUGGAGAACGUUGCGAUUCGAAUCGAGUUGAAUAAUGGUUGUGUUGGUUGGGGUGAGGCUCCGAUUUUGCCAUUUGUGACCGCAGAGGAUCAGCCAACGGCGAUGGUGAAGGCGAGCGAGGCAUGUGAGUUCUUGCGACGGAGUCCGGAGAUGACUUUAGGUUCGGUUUUGGGAGAGAUCGGUGGGAUUCUUCCUGGACAUGAGUUUGCUUCUGUUAGGGCGGGCGUGGAGAUGGCAUUAAUUGAUGCGGUUGCAAAUAGUAUCGGUGUGCCGCUUUGGAGACUGUUUGGUGGAGCUUCGAAUACCAUUACCACUGAUAUAACGAUUCCAAUUGUUACCCCUGCUGAAGCGGCUGCAUUGGCGUUGGAGUAUUGCAAACAAGGAUUUGGAGCUCUAAAGCUUAAGGUGGGAAAGAAUCUAAAUGCAGAUAUUGAAGUUCUUAAAGCCAUACGUCUCGUCCACCCUGAUUGCAUGUUUAUCUUGGAUGCUAAUGAAGGAUAUAAACCCAAAGAAGCUGUUGAAGUUCUUGAAAAAUUGCACGGUAUGGGAGUGACUCCUGUUCUCUUUGAACAACCAGUUCAUAGAGAUGAUUGGGAAGGCCUUGGAUAUGUUAGUCAUAUUGCCAGAGAUAAAUAUGGGGUGUCAGUUGCUGCUGAUGAGAGCUGCCGAAGUAUAGCCGAUGUUAAGAAAAUAGUAGAGGGAAAUCUUGUUGAUGUCCUUAAUAUUAAACUUGCCAAAGUUGGGGUUGUUGGGGCCCUUGAAAUUAUUGAGGUGGCAAAGGCAUCAGGACUGAAACUGAUGAUUGGUGGUAUGGUUGAGACUAAACUGGCCAUGGGCUUUGCUGGUCAACUUGCCGCUGGGUUUGGGUGUUUCAAGUUCAUCGACCUAGAUACACCUCUGCUACUGUCAGAAGAUCCUGUUUUUGGGGGUUAUGAAGUUAAUGGUGCUGUUUACAAGUUUAAAAAUGCUAGAGGUCAUGGUGGAUUUCUUCACUGGGAUGAUCUUGCUUAACUAAGAACUGUGUUGCGUCAACAAGCUUUCAACUCUUAGCAGUCGUGGAGCUUUAUGAAUCCUCUUGGUUGUUCGCUACAACAAUACUUGAAGUCCUCCGUUUACCUGAGGUCUCAAAAAGAUUAAUAAACCAGGCAGAUGGAAGUUGCUGAAAUGUGUAUUCAGGUGAGAUGGUUGGAUCCCAUCAUUGGAAUUUUGUUCAAAAUUGUAAAUUUCUCCUAUUACAUAAUGACAGCAAUCUGGAUCUUAUUUCCUCCUUAGAAAACUUGUAAUUAUAGUCUGGUCUUGUACUUCAUGGUUAUAAGAAUAUGUAUCAUUCUAGAGUAAACGAUGUAAUGGCUAUAAAUUUACUGCUGCUAUCUUAAAUUGUGAGAAAGUCUUAGAUGAUA